GAUGAUGGCUGGGUUACCACAGCAGAUGGACUGCUUCUCUUUUGGGUGCCACAAGAGCAUCGUCUAGGCCUAUGCUGGCCUGAUACUCUCAUGGUCAUAGGGGCUCAGCCAACUCAACUCAACAUGGAAAGUUUUGUUCAUGGGUCACAGUGGACACAAUGU